CGACUGCCCUUGAAUCGGGUCACCCUGGUCACCAGCGGGUUUCCGCGCGCGGGCGUUGAAACGCCCCUCCCAGCCUCCGACUCGCCAUGCCGCGCUCCUGGAAGAGUUCGGACUACAUCUGUCCGGGAUGCAAGAACUGGAACUUGGGAAAGAACAUGAACUGCAUGACCUGUAAUCACCCCAAGCCUACCAUCAACACCAUGGGUGAGCGAGCGCAUGACUUCUACCCCUUAGCGGGUCAGAAGAUGUACUGCAACGGUCAGAAGAACUGCCCCGAGUGCCACGCCAUCGUUCACAUCAGCCAUUCAGAAUGCCUGGCAUGUCGGGAUCGAAAGCAGAACAUGCGUGCCAUCAACACGCAUCAGGCCUGCGUGGUCACCACGGCCACCGGCAGCAAGGAUGCCAUGCGAUCGGACAGCAUUCACGCGAUCAUGGCUCCGGAAAACCUGGCAAAGGCUGCCCCAAAGCCCAAGACUGCGGUCGACGCCCUCGAGGACAAGUAUCGAGGUCUCGACCCCUUGGCCAUCAUCGACGACCUCGAGAGGGUGAAGGCGGGCGAGGGCAAGACCAUCGACGCAAUGGAGGAGAAGAGGCGGAUCUUGGAAGAGCAAGAGAAAGAGAAGGAGCGGGAGAAGGAAAGGGAACGCCAGCGACAAGAGCAGGAGGAGGAGAAUAAGAAAAGUCUUGAAGUGGCCAAGCUGCAGGCAGAGGCCAUGGAAGCCGACAGGAAGAGGAAGCGGGAGGCCGCCUCCGACCUCAUCAGUGCCAUGCUGGACGCCCAGCAGGCCGAAGAAAGCGCCGCUGACGUUCGCGGCGACGAAUCUGGCGCGGACGGCCCGGCGGACACCGUGGAGGAUGCGGAGAAACGGCGGAGGAAGCUGCUGGAACAGGCGGAGGAGCUGAAGAAGAAGCAGGAGGAGAUGAAGCAACGCCAAGCUGCAGAAGAGCAAGCGCGCCGUCAGCGCAUGCGCGAGAGGCGGCAGCAGCGGAAGGCAGAGACGGCGGUGGUCUUAGACUGAAAAAAGGAAAGGUAGCUUCGUGCCUUGCACGGCGAUGCGUGAAAGGAACAUAAAAGGAACACGCACCAACCAUUUGUUGGCGGAGACGUGUGGCAGGCCAGCAUGGGUUUCAGGCAACUGAUUUGCAUUCACCUCUCACCAGAAGCGUGGAUGUGUCGAUGAGUUUGAGAAGUACUCAUUGCUUAAGUGCCAGCCAGCCUUUGUUCCCCUACAAUCCGAAGAGUUACCAUGGAUCAGUUUGGACAGACUCAGCCAGGGAGUGGACGAAAAAAUCCGCCAGACGGCUGGCGGCCACGGCGGCCAUGUCCUUUUUGAUCGGAAAACACUUCAUGUUUCGCCUCGGAGGUUCUGUGGCCCAAGUGACCAGGUGUUUGAAAGAUCCCGAUAAGUACAAUACGAGAUACCGAUAUACCUGUGUUUGCUCAAUUCAGGUGGUUGUGGUUGUCAAGUUUUCCCUGUGGGCAAAUCCGCUUCUGGAGAAUAUGUUGAUUUUUGAUUCUUCAAGC